CCGCCCACCGAUUGCCGCGCACCCUCCUGCUUGAGGUCUGGAUCCCACGCACGCGUAGCUAGUCGCGUACACGCGACGCCAUAUGCAUACACAUCGAAGGCGCAGGUGCUAUGCACACGGAAGACGUACGUACCCUUCUGACUCCGCCGCCCAUCCUGAGUCUGAAGCUGCUCGCUUCCGUCUGCUGCGUACCCGAGCAGACAGGCGCACCUGCGCUCCUAUCGCUCGCCGCGGGCAUGCGCUAUUCGAUGAUGGAAGUGCGACCUCUGCGUCGGCGCUCGGGUUUCUGCGACGCAUGGGCGCACUGCAGCUAUCGGGACACGGGUUCCCAUACCGCCUCACCACCCUGCCCACCCCAAAUAUCCAUCUCUCUCUCUCUCUCUCUCUCUCUCUCUCUCUCUCUCACCGAGACCAUGCAUACCCCAUCCCGGAGAGGCACCAUCGAUACGCACAUCAACGGUUGCAACGCUGUUUGUUCGCCGAAGACGGAAAGUGGGACAAAGGCCUUCCAAAUCCGGAUGUGCGUUGUUCCCAUCCGGGGUUAUGAAUUGCUUCCGCUCUGCAUUUCCCGCGCCCUGAGCGGCUAAUGGCGGAGCCUACAGCAAAUUGGAUGAGAGCUCUUGUCUGCUUCCAUAUAGGUCAGCUAUCAUGUUCGAGUGAGGAGGAACAUGAGC